CAAGGGACCAGGAUUCCCUGUGGUCUUCUCUCCUCUCUGCCCAUUACCCCAACCCCAGUUUCAAAUCCAGCAGCCCUAGAAGAGACUGCAGUCAAAGAGGGAAGUUUCAGUGGCGAUAUAUAUAACCUGGGUCUUACGGCGAAGCCUCUGGCACGGUGCCUCUUUUACAAGACUGCGGUAAGAACUCCGGGCGACGCGGGCCCUGCCGCAGAGCCCGCUCCAGAGCAAACGCGGACCCUGACGUCACCCCGCCGUUCUCCGGGCAAGGCCCGCACCUGCUGACCACGAGCACCAGAUGGCGGUGUUGGCCCGCGAGCCAGCGCCCUGCGGGCCCGGAGGGCCGGGCGAGCCUGACCUGAAUCCCAAACAUCCCGGAUCGCUGCCGCGGAUUCCACCGCGAAACGGCGGAGACACGCGGCGCAUGCCACCGAGGCCAGGGCGUCGCAUCCCACGGCGCUGCGCGGCCCGCAGCAGACCAGCAGUGUAAAGGGUGACUUUAGGAAACGACUUAGAAAUGCCGAGUCUGGGGGGCAGCGAGCCCUGCGGACGGUCCCUCCCCGCAGCCCCGACGUGGAGCCGGCCCGCAGCGCGCGGGGGAGGCCGGCGCCGGGGGCCCACGCAGCGGCUGUCCGCGCGGUGCGCAGAUGGUAGGAGCCGCGGCGGCCUCCGGAAACCUGCGGCGCUGGACCCUCGCCACCCCGGCCCCGGGGGCUGCCCAACCCGCCGGGCUCCGGCCACCCCCGCGCCUGGAGGGGCCGUGCGCUCGGGCUGCGCAGCAGCUGCGGGAGCUGGUGGCCAGCGAACAGGCCCUGGUCGGGGGCCCAGUUACACAGUCGAGGGUCGUGGGACGCAGGGAGCGCUUCCCAUGGUCCUUUGGAGAAGAAACUGUCGGGUGGGCCUACACCUCCCCGCCCUCUCCCCCACCCUGAGCAUCGCAGGGCGCGGCCCUCCAGCCCCGGCCUCUGCUCCGCGCCUAUCUGGGCCGCGGAUGAGCGGAGGCCGAGGAGGCAUUUCUCAUCGCAGUUCACUUGGCUGCGGGUCUGAAGGCGUCCCGGGUGGGGCGGGGUGGGGGGGCGCUGGGACCUCGACUGCAGGUCCUCGACCCCGGACCCGGCUGCGCCAGGGGCCGCCGCUCCCCGCCCCGCCGCGCUGCUGCUGACCCGGGAGAGCCGCUGCGUGGCCUGGUCCCUUUCCUCCUCUGAUGUCCCGGCACAGCUGGGGGCCGGGCUUCCUGGAGCGGGGCGGCCGGGGGGCAGGCGGCCGGGGAGGGUGGGCAGCGGCGCGGGGAGCGGGGCGCCUGUCAGUUGAGUCGCGAUGGCGGCGAGCGCACCCCAAGUGCACCCCGAGCUCGGCCUGGGGUCGCACCGUGGCGCUGCGGGCGCUGCGGGCUGCAGGCGAGACCGGACCGCAAAGCAGGGGCCGGUCAGGUGGACGACAGUGUGCGAAGAUGCUAGCACAGGCCAGCUAAGUGGGCUGCGAGGGGCUUGGGGGUCCAGGGGAGAGGCGGUGGGGUGCGUGGGAACGGAAGGAGGUGGAGGCAAGGGGCCGGAUGAAGGGGUCUCACCUGGAGGUGGGGCCGGGGAGAACGCAGCAGAUGCUCCUCAGACCCCCUGACGAGCAGGUAGACCCACUGUAGGCAUGGGGCCGGUGUUUCCUGAAGCCCUCCCCAGCCGCCUAUUACAUAAAAACACAGAUAUAUACGGAGAAAUCACUAGCCAGAGAACAUCACGGUUUUUGAGGGGAAAAGUUCUGUCCAGGAUUGUUUUUUUUUUUUUUGCCAUAUGAAUAUUUUUUACAUAAUUGUGUAUUAAACAUGCAUACAUACAUAGCAUACAUGGUGUAUGGUAAAAAAAUUUUUUAUUGUACUUAGAUAUUUAAAAACAAGAUUUCUAAUUAUAAAAACUUGUAUGUACAUGUUUUGGAAAAUAAGGAAGUAAGUGAAGACAAAAAUAAAAAUCCCCCAGACUCCAAGCA